GGUCUCGGGUUCUGCUUCCGGGUCAGCGGCCGCGGCGGCUCCCGGUGCCGCCCCCUCACGCCGGGGGUCGCGGAGCCCCCCCGGAGCCCGGCCAUGGCCACGCUGUUCCCGUCGCUGCUGCCCCGCGUCACCGAGGCGCUCUGGUUCAACCUCGACCGGCCCUGCGUGGACGAGACCGAGCUGCAGCAGCAGGAGCAGCAGCACCAGGCCUGGCUGCAGAGCAUCGCUGAGAAGGACAACAACCUGGUGCCCAUCGGGAAACCGGCCUCUGAGCACUACGAUGAGGAGGAGGAGGAGGACGAUGAGGAUGAUGAGGACAGCGAGGAGGACUCGGAGGAUGACGAGGACAUGCAGGACAUGGAUGAGAUGAACGACUACAACGAGUCCCCUGACGAUGGGGAGAUCAAUGAGGGUGUUUCUCUUGCCAGGUGGAUAUGGAGGGGGCAGAGCAGGAUCAGGACCAGUGGAUGAUCUGAGCCCUGGGGCUGUGCCAGGGGCAGGG